GGAUGGUAUUCGCUCAACUCUCCGCUGCUCUCACUUCCACAACCAUCUCCUUGUCCGGCUCUGCAUCCAGCUCUGGGCCGGAGUCAAUGGCUCUCUCUCCGCAUCAAGGACAUCCGGCCUUCAUCACUCUCCUUUCCACGCCUUCCCGUGGCUCAUCUGCCGACAAGACGGUAGAGGAAUGGCUAGUGAGCAAGUUUGCACCUCCCAACUCUUCCUCUCAGCGGGAUCAGGUUCAUGAUGGGGAUGGUGAGACGACACCAGAUGGGGAGAAGGAGCGGGGGUAUAUGUGCGGUGGAGUGUAAUCUUUUAUUCCAUGUCCCUUUGCUUUUUUUUCCUGUAAUCUCAACUUUGAGUUCUUGCUACUACUGUACAGGCCGAAUGAAGGAAGCUCGACGCGCGGGCAAAAGUGGGAAAACGCUCGAUAUGAUAUCCUUUGGGACGCCUCUCCCUUUUUCUUUUUAGUGACACCACCACCAUCCUUUCAUGAUAAACCGCCCAAGUUUUCGGCCCAGGUUACAUACCCAUCUCGAGGUCAAGCACAUCUCAUCCUCUACUAUAUAACGAUCAAGUCGUAGUGUGAACGUGCAAAUACCUUGCGACACUUUAUUCUUUUUCAUUUACACACAUUGCACGACAUACACAUUCAUACGACAAGAUUGGCUUUGAAUUUGUGGAAUAAGGGAAGGAGGACCUUUCCCACCGUCUCUCAAUAAUAACCUACAAGACCCAAACCGCACUCAAUGAGCGAAAGACCUACCUGAAAGUCGUCUAGACUGUUGUAACAGAUCUCUCCUUACAAAGAAGAAGGAUAUACCUCUCAAUAACGGUUGAAAACUGCGAUCAAGCAGCCUCUCCGGCCAAAACUUACCUUGCUUGGAAUUGUACCCGCAAGUUACUCGUGGGUAGGCCUUGCACGACACCUAGAAGUAUAACGCGGGACCGGUAGGUAUAUAGAGAUCUGAUCUUGACCCCCCUUCACAAUAUUGUUUCCAAUCCCGAUCGUCCGAGGAAACCAAUGUCGUCUUCCAAACGUCGCCCUCAAAAUCCCUCCGACGCCGAAAGAGGCUCCCCCACCACCUCCUCCCCCUCUUACCUCUCCUCCUCUUCGAGAGCUCCAGGAAGGAAAUCGGAUUACUUCAACUACCACCCUCCCUUCUCCAUUCUUCUCCUCGAAUUCAUCGUAUGGCUUCUCUUGUUCUUUGUUUGUUUUCUAAGUCCGAAUGGGGGUUUGGCUGCUGUUGUAAAGAGUGAUGAUGAAUACGUUGGGGUCUUGAGGAGCUGCACAAAAACCAGCUGUGAUGGUUGGAUGCAAUCCUCCUCCUAUACAAGCUCCGACACCAAUUCCAGACGAUCGUUCAACUCGAAGAGAGACCUCACCUCCACCAUCGACUUGUCAAACUUCUUCCUAACCACCGGGCUAGCGGCCCUUUCCUCCUUCUGGCUUAUGACGUAUACGUUCCUCUUUACAUUUUACCGUUUCUGUUCUUCCACUCCAUCGAACGGGGCCAGGGACGGAGAUGAUGGGGAACAAGAGGACGAGGAUAUGGAUGAGAAAGGAAGGAGACUGACGAGAUGGAGACGGAUGAAAAGAAGCCUAAAAAGGUUUGCGUUCAGGGUGAGUAGGAUAUACGUUUUCAUGUUGGGAUGGAUCGUGUUUGGGGUAGCGUGUGCGGCAAGUUGGCAGGUCAAGAUGACUAGUUCAGAUGGAGGCAGUGUCGGGACGGGUGUGCUUUUAUUACACGCCUCAUGGAUCCUCCUCUUCCUCUGUUCAUUCGUUGAGAUAUCGCGCGGAAACCUUCGUAAGAGGGUAGAUACCGGAUGGGGAAGCUGUACUUGUAUCCCCUUCUUUGGAAUAUGUAAAAGGAGAGGAUUUAGGAAGUGGGGGAAGAGUGGGGAUGGCGGGGGUGAAGAUAAGGAUGUGGAGAAACAGGGGAAGAGAGGCCGGAGUAGACGGAGGAGGGACGAGGAAAACAGCAGAAGCCAGAGUCAGACAGCGAACAGAAAAAGAUAGAUGGGGAACGUGAGGGUUUUGGUGGGAUAGACGAUCGUAUAGGUGAUCCUGUUGGAAUGUACAAGCUAUAUUUUAACUGUCUAAUUAAUUGAGGCUCCCAUACCUCGAACCUUCUCAGAGAUCUUUCCACAUGUACCAGGAUAUUUUGUAAUAUAGAUCAGGUGCCGAACGUUGGGACGGUGGAAGGUCGGAAAAGUCC